AUGCUUGCAAUAACAAGCCUAUUUUUCAUCGUAGGCAUUAUAAUCUAUUUCCUUCGAAGAUCUCAAAAAGUAUCCGAAGACGAGUUGCAAAGAGAAGAAGAAAACCAAGCUUAUUUGGAGUUGAACAGCGAUGAACAAGAACUAUAUUUCCAAUCAAAGGACUAUCUACAGAAUAACCCUUAUUUCGUUGGUGAUUUGUCCGCUAGUCAAAACUUGUCAAUCCAAGAGAAAGGUAUAAGUGCAUUUGAGUUUGUUAAGGAUGCAAUGUUGACAUUUAAUGACUUGUUGGUGGUCAACAAGACUGAAUUGAAUUUCUUCAAAAAUUUUGAAUGCUCGACUCAAACGAAUAUCCCAAUACCAAUGAAAAAUGAGGUUUAUUACUUUGAAUCAAAGAUUUAUUCCUUACCCAACCCCGAGGAGACAUUAAUUGCAAUAGGGCUAAGUAUCAAGCCAUAUCCAUGGUUUAGACUUCCUGGAAGACACGCCCAAUCAGUAAGCUACGACUCAAAUGGGUACAGAAGAUAUAAUCAACCAUUUCGUUUCACUAAUGAACCACCGUUUCCCAAACUUGCCGAGGGCGAUGUUGUUGGAGUAGGCUAUAGAACCAGAUCGGGAACUAUAUUCUUUACAAGAAAUGGUAAAAAGGUAAGCGAAACAAAAAUCGGUGGUCAUAUAAGAAACUUCAAGAUUAAAAAUCAUGGACAAAUUUUCCCAACUGUUGGAGCUAACAAUAUCUGCUCGGUUCAUGUCAACUUGGGACAACGUGGAUUUGUAUUUAUUGAAGGGAAUGUGAAAAACUGGGGGUAUGCCCCAAUUGAAGGAACUGGUCCUUCACCACCAGUAUAUAACAAGUUCAAUUCAGAUAUUUUGUUAGAGAGAUCGGAAGUAGGAGAUGAUGAUGAUUUUAGUGAUCGAGAAAAUGAUUUUCCACCUGAUUUUUGGACAUCGGUGAAAAAUGGCGAAGAAGCAAAUAAUAAUAAUAAUAAUAAUGAAGAAGAAGAAGAAGAAGAAGAAGAAGAAGAAGAUGACGAUGAAGAAGGGAAGGGUAGACACAGUGUUUUUAUCAAUCAAGAUAAGUUUAGUUAUAAUGCAUAUUCAGAGGCGAACUCGAAUGAUGAAAGAAUCACGCUAAAUAGUCUAGUGCCACCACACAAACCACCAUCGUACAAUGAAGAACAUAUCAAAAGAGACGAGAGGGAAGAAGAAGGAGAAGACGGGGACGAAGUAGUAGCAGUAGAAGAAGGAGAAGAUGUAGAAGAGGAAGAAGAAACUGAAACUGGUAUAGCAAGUGUGGGUCCUUCUUCCUCAUUAUUUAAAACCUAG